UCCCGCCUACCCAGAGCGGUGCGCAAGCCCGCGUUUACGCACCCAAUGGGGAAACCCAUUCCACUGUGGCUCUCCGCAGUAUCAAAAUUGGUUAAUACCCAACUGACUAAUACCGAAUCCAUCGAGAUGAGCAUUUCUUCCUCGACAAAUCUUCCCACUACAACCUAGACAACGUAGAAUAGACACAGAAGAGCCAUGACAACUCAUUGGAAGGAGCUCCCGUGGAAGGAGAAGCCGUCAAUACCGCAAAUCACCACAAGAUCCAUCAUUGCUGGCUUAGUCAUCGGAUCAAUCAUACUGAUAUCGAACUUCCAAUUCGGACUCCAAACAGGCUGGGUGUCGAUGAUGUCCCUCCCUUCAGCGUUGCUGUCAUUUGCUGUCUUCAAGAACCUUCAAAGGCAUCUCGCCUUCGAGUUCACAGAUGUGGAGAACGUGUUCGUGCAGAGCAUCGCUGUUGCUGUCGGCACAGGACCUCUGGCUUAUGGAUUGGUUGGUGUUGUGCCUGCUAUUGAGAAGUUCCUCAGACCUGAAGAGUCUGGCAUCGGAAGAGUGAUGAAGUUCUCCACGUACGACUUGAUUGUAUGGUGCACAGCACUGGCGUUCUUUGGGAUCUUCUUCGCUGUGCCCUUGAGGAAGCAGGUCAUUGUCCAUGAGAGACUGCCCUUCCCUUCGGGAAGUGCCACUGCCACGUUGAUCUCUGUAUUGCACAACACAGAGGUCCGCCAUGAUGACUGCCAAUCUGUGAAGCUGCCACAUGAAUACAACGAACUGUUGAUAAGCGACGACGAUGAUGAUGACGGUAAUGGCGGUGGCGGGUCUGCUGUUACGACUCCGCCGCCUACUGAUCGCACUGCACUGCUAGAAGGCCAGAGGAUCAAGGAGCACGAAUCCAUCAUCUUGUACAAUAAGAACGUCAGAUCACUGAUUGGAACCUUCUCCGUAUCGUCGGCAUACACCGUGAUCUCAUACUUCAUCCCAUCUCUGAGAAACCUGCCUAUCUUUGGUGGAUCUCUGGCUGAGAACUACCUCUGGACUCUACAGCCCUCGCCUGCUUACAUCGGACAAGGCAUCAUAAUGGGGCUUCCCACGGUCAGCUACAUGCUGUUUGGUGCGAUCCUUGGCUGGGGCAUACUGGCACCACUGAGCAAGGCCCAGGGUUGGGCUGAAGGUCCCAUCGACGAUUGGAAGACUGGCGCUCAAGGCUGGAUUCUGUGGGUGAGUUUGGCUGUGAUGGUUAGUGACAGCGUGGUGUCGUUCAUCACCGUCACUGUACAGUCUGCCAUCAAAUUCUUCACGACAAGAAAUGAGGGCCAUGAGCCAGAGGACGGCUGUGAGCUGGAUGCACAGUACCUGGUGGGCUUCAAAACAGUGAGCAUUGGGCUCUUUGUAUCGUCAGUGAUCUGUAUAGUGCUCAUGGUCCAUCUGUUUGGAACAACCAUCGUGCCAGUGUACUCUCUUGUUGUUGCCAUCGUGCUUGCCCUGUUUCUCUCGAUACUGGGGGUACGUGCUCUUGGGGAGACGGACCUCAACCCGGUGAGCGGGAUAGGUAAGCUAUCACAGCUCCUGUUUGCCUUCAUCAUACCCAGAAACCACCCAGGCGCUGUGCUUGUCAACCUCGUUGCUGGCGCCAUUGCAGAGGCUGGUGCUCAACAGGCUGGUGAUCUGAUGCAAGAUCUGAAGACUGGCCAUCUCAUCGGGGCCUCUCCAUACGCACAGUUCGUUGCACAGCUGAUAGGAACAGUAUGGUCGAUAUUCCUGUCGUCCGUGAUGUACAAAGUGUACAACUCGGUCUACGAGAUACCGAGCAAGGUGUUCCGUAUACCGACGUCCGUGAUAUGGAUCGACUGCUCGAGACUGGUUACAGGCGAGGGGCUGCCGCCGUAUGCCUUCGAGGUGUCGCUGGUGUUCGCCUUGAUAUUCGGCGUCAUCUCAUUGGUCAAGAACGUGUUUAAGAACAACCCGGCGGUUCAGAAGAGACUGGUGUGGUUGCCUAGCGGAGUGGCGGUUGGUAUUGGUAUAUAUAACACGCCUUCAUUCACCAUCGCAAGGUUCAUUGGUGGAGUUAUUGCCUACAUCUGGUUGAAGCGCUCUGGCCAUUCCCACGAGGGCAAGACUGCGAUGAUUGUAUUCAGCAGUGGGCUGGUCCUUGGAGAAGGACUGUUCAGUGUUGUGACGAUGAUAUUGACAAGCUUGGACGUGCCGCACUGGUGAGACAAACAGAUACAUAGAGAAAGACUGCUUU